UAUCAUUGGGUUCUACAAGUCUUCGAUGAGUAUUAUGAUCGUAGUGCUCGAUGAUUUAUUUAGAUUUACAUUUUGCUUUUGAGCAAAUACAAAGGGGAAACUAGAAGUAGCUCCUCCUCUUCUUCAGCUUUGGAAACAGUUCUAGCUCUACCAGGGUUUCUUUUGAGUACUACAGUUCAACUGUGUGUUACGAUGAUGUUGAGGAACUAAAACGAGAAAUACUUCUCCUGCUGAAACGAGCUUCGCUGCUUUGCUAAGAAUAUGCGGAGAGCGCGAAGCAACAGACAUUGUUUUUGGAGACACAGAGCCUGAGAAUGGUAGAGGAUCCGACAGGUUGGGGGCGCGCGGUCCAAUUACAGUCUCCGACGGAACAGGCUCAUUUUGGCGGCAACGCCUCUUCCACUCUACUAGGAGGUGCCAGCAAUGGAUCGAAUAACAAUAAGGUUCAGCUUCCGGCAGUCCAGAGUGUUGCCGCCUUGACUACAUCAACACUUCUGG